AUGCUUCGAAUCAAACAAGAUCCACAAACUUCAGUCCUUACGCAACAGCAAAUUUUUGUACCGUUAAAGCGAGUAAAUGUGGAAGCAACAAUUCGUUCAUUUGCUGCCGAUGUAACUAUAACACAAAUAUUUCGUAAUGAUGAAAAACAACCAAUUGAAGCUGUCUAUUGUUUUCCAAUUGAGGAACAAGCAGCGAUUUACUCUUUUACAGCUUGUAUUGACGAUCGCGAAAUUGUCGCUCAAUUGAAAGAAAAAAAAGAAGCACAACAAGAAUAUAAUAAUGCUUUACAACAAGGACAUGGAGCUUAUUUAUUAGAACAAGAUGAAAAUUCUCAAGACAAUUUUAUUAUUAAUGUUGGUGCUUUACCUCCAUCACAAGAAUGUACUAUUACUAUUGCUUAUGUUACUGAAUUAGAUUUUGUACAAGGUUCAACAAUUCGAUUUGUAGUUCCAACAACUAUUGCACCUCGUUACAAUCNUUCAGACAUUCGAGGAUGA